GCCGCGAGACUGUCGGAGCGCCUUCCAUCUUUUAUAUUCUUUCUUCCCCCUCUCUGAAACCCUAAUUUUUGGUUUCGCCCUUUUUCUUUUUCUCCGAUUUGUUUUUGCUGUUUGUUUUUUCUUGUUUUCUCCUUCCAAUGAAAGACAACGAAUCUUGGAAGUCGGUUCCUGCAUUGUUGUGCCUGCCGGGAACGGAUUUCCGGGCUAAAUCUCCAUGGCUUUCGAGGAUUUUUGUCGUCAGUGUCGCUUCCGGCGAGAUUUAGCGGCAGUGGUUAGGUUUUGGAGUUAAUUGGAACGCAAGGGGUUGCUUCUUGCGUGUUCUGAUCCAAAACAGCAUAUUGCAAGCCAUAUAGUCUCUAAUUAUAUAGCUAUUGAAUUGUCUAAAGGAGCAAAAGCUGCAUUCAUGGUUCUUAUAAAAAAUCCUGUUGCUCCUGAUUGAAGCCAAAGCAACUCACAUUUAGAAACGGAUUCAGGAUCUAUUGGUGGAAGUGGGAGAAAGCUUGAAGUAGGGUAAACUUGAAACUAUUGAAGAAGGCGAGAACAAUAGAAUAUAUGGCAGCGACGGGUAGAUGUGAAACAAGCUCACAUUCAACAAAACAGCCAGAUAUUAUAGGUUUAGGCAGUACACAUUCUGAAGAUACUGCUGGGGAAGGAUUUUCACUUUCCCCAACAGGGCAGCUGGCGUAUGGGUCUUCAUCAUGUAUAAACUUGAUGGAAUUGUCAGAUCUCGUUCAAGUGGACGAAAAUGUUAACCGACCCGAAGGAGGCACAAUUUGCUUGGGAAAUCCUGAUCACGAUGUUUACCAGCUUCAAUUUAAAGAUGAUGAGAGCGAUGUUUCCAGCCUUUGUUCUGCCAAAUCAGAGAAGAGUAGCGGUUCUCAAGGUCCCACGUCUGCAUCUCAAGUUUCUGAUAUUACCCAUGAGUCUGGUGGAAAUGUUAUGUCUCCAACCCAGUCCCCUCCUCUUCAGACAAUGGAUCGUGUGGGAGGAUAUGAACCAUAUGAUCCGUUAAGAAUUCCGUCUGCAGUUUUCCAAAGAAGUAGAUCAACCACUCCAUUGGAAUGGAGUAUUGCUUCAAAUGAGUCCUUGUUUAGCAUUCAUGGUGGAGACGAUAGUUUCUCCGGAGAUAAUUUGUCGAUGUUGAGUGAUUUAGGGAAGUCAGACGAGUUGCUUGUAUUUAACUCAGCACCUGCAGUUAUCACGUCAAGAGAAACUGAAAUGAAGAGUGUCGAAUACGAAGAGGAGCCUAAAGUGGCAGAUACCACAGAAUAUAACAUUGAGGAUAGAGAGGGUUUGGUUGCAGAAGAUCUAAGUGGAAGAAACGUACUGCCUCCUGCAUUAUCAUCGAGUUCCUCUAGCAGAUCUCGCCACUCUGAAAGAAGUCAAUGCAGCUCAAAUUCCUUCGCUUUCCCCAUUUUGGCCGAUGAGGAGGCUCAGGAUGGAUCUGUGCUUGCGGAUGAUAAAAUAGAAGGUGCUCCAGUCUCUACAAAAUCUCAUGCAAACUCUUGGUUUCCCUGCUGUUCAUGUUCUUGUUACAAAUGGAAUUUCUAUUCACGUUCUUGUUGCAAAUGGACUUGCUGUUCAUGUUCGUCUUGUUGCACAUGGAACUGCUAUAGUUGUAAUUUUCGUCCUCACUGUCAUUUUUGUCCUCGAUGCCGUAUUAUUUACCCUUGCCAUUUUUGUCGUGGUUAAGUGGACAAUGUCGCAGAAAAGACAGUGUCUAUGAAUAUUUUCUUGAUUGUU